AUGCCGCAUUCAAAGCGAAAAGCUCUUAAAUUCAUUGAUAUUAAGAUGAAUAUCUGUGAUGCUGUACGCUCAAAUUAUGAAGUACCUCUGAUAAAAACCAUACUAUUGGAGUUAAGGAAAUCGAGCAAUAUUCCAUAUCAGUGCCCUUUGAAAAAGGAUUUCCUAUAUGAAAUUUCCAAUCUUAGCGUCACAGAUAAAUAUAUGACACCCAUGUCUUUGCCUACAUUAAAUUUCAGCAACGGCAUUGAAAUUUACGAAUCCAAUAAAUUGAUUGCAUCUCUUUUUACUAUAGGUGGUAUAGUUGCAAAAAAAUAA